AGCGCCACAACAUAAUUCUGGCUUCAAUCUUGAGCUUUAAUUGUAAUGGAAGCAUUUUUUUCAUCAAUCGACCUUCCAAAUUACGAUCCUGAUAAUUGGGAAAUAACAUUCUCGAUGUUAUCUCGUCCGUGUAAAUCAUUUAAUGAUAUCAAGAAAUUGAUUAUAUUUUUUUCUUCAAUAGAUUAUACAUCGGAAUCAUCUCUUUUAACUUUAUUCAGCGAAAAUAAUGAGAAUUUACCUAAAUUAGAUCAAAAACAUUAUGAAGAAAUAGUAUUUCCUGAAUUGGUUAAUAUAGCAUUAGAAUUACCUAAACAUUUUCCUUGUGGUAAAAUAAUUUCAAAUGAUACUCAUGAAAAAACGGAAGGAUUUGAAAAAAUAUUUUUAACACGAAGAAAAAUUAUUUGUUUGUUAUCACACAUGUUCUUAUGUACUAUGUCAGAUAAGAAAACCCAUCUGGGAUCAUUUAAAGAAUGGAAUUCAAGUGAAUUACCUUCCGCCAAACUUUAUUUAAAAGUAUUAAUGAUUUAUUUUAAUAGGAUAAUAACAAAUAAUUACGAAGUUGAUAUGAAUGAUGAGAUGGUAAUUUGUCAUAAAUCAUUAAGUGACGAAAUGAUUCCGAUAUGGGCAAAUUCCAAUAUUUCUUUAAUAAAUUCGAUUAAAACAAAUACUUCCGAUAUUCCUGGUAAAUUUGAUGAGAUUGAAAUUGAUCCAUCAAAUAAAUUAAUUGGAUUUGGAAAGUCUGGUACAGCAGAAGAAAUAUUAUUUGGUUGUUCACCAGAAUUAUGUGUUCUUACAUUAUUUUGUAAUUCAAUGUCAAAUAAAGAAACUAUAUUAAUUAAAAAUGUUAAAAAGGUAAUACAACAUUCAGGAUAUGGUCCAUUUAAGGUUAAAUAUAAACAUGAAAUUGAAAAUUGGUGGAAAUUAUCAAAUCAAAAAGUAAGAUGCAUUAUUGCUAUGGAUGCAUCUGAAUUUGACCAUAUUGAUUCAUUAAAAAAUUCUUUAAUAUUACAAUUACAAGAUAAUUCAUUAAUUAGAGAAUUAAAUAAAGCCUAUUGUGGAUUUUCUUGGAAUCAAAAUUUCAAAAAUAUUAAAGAUAUUGGUAUUGGAUUUUGGGGAUGUGGUACUUUUGGUGGUGAUAAAGAUAUUAAAUUUGUUAUUCAAUGGAUUGCAGCUUCUCAGAUUAAUACUAAUAAUAAUAUGAAAUUAAUUAUAUAUACUUUUAAUAAUAUUGAUUAUAAGCAAAGAAUUAUAAGAUUUAUUGAAAAAUAUAAAAAUUCUUUAGUAAAAGAUUUAUGGAAAUUACUUAAAAAUUAUGAAAAUUAUAUUAUAAAUUUUAAUGAUAAUGAAGAGCAAAUUUUAUCUUUAUGUACCUGGGUUUUUAAAAUUUGA